AUGCCGGUGAUCGCGCAGGAGCAGUCGCGCAGAGAGGCGGCGACGCUCGCCAAGAACAACGACGGCGGCCGCGAGAGAGCCGGCGCGCCUGCGGCUCCGGUCGCGGACGCCAGGUCGCGCGAGGCGGCGAGCAAGAAGAUACUGGACAAGCAGAGCAUAGACUACCUAUGGCGGUCGGGUGUUGCGGGCGGCGCAGCUGGGUGCGCGGCCAAGACGAUCGUCGCGCCCCUCGACAGGGUCAAGAUUCUAUUUCAGUCGAGCAACCCGCAGUUCGCCAAGUACUCUGGGUCGUGGGUCGGCGUGGCCAAUGCGAUGAAGGUCAUCUAUCGCCAGGACGGUACGGUCGGGCUUUUCCGCGGGCACUCGGCCACUCUCCUCAAGAUCUUCCCCUACGCCGCAAUCAAGUUCAUCGCCUACGAGCAGAUCCGAUCUACGAUCAUCCCGAGGAAGGAGUACGAGACGCCCAUCCGCCGCCUGCUGAGCGGCUCCCUCGCGGGCAUCACCUCGGUCUUCUUUACAUACCCGCUCGAAGUCAUCAGGGUACGUCUCGCGUUCGAGACGAAGCGCGAGGGCCGCUCCUCCCUCAUCUCCAUCUGCAAGAGGAUAUACAGCGAGAAGUCGUACCGCCGGCCGGCAGGGGUUGCCGCGGGCGAGGCUGCAGCAGGCACCGCGGCGGUGCUGCACGCGCCGCAGUCCGGCAUGAUCAACUUCUACCGCGGCUUCACGCCGACCAUGCUGGGCAUGCUGCCCUACGCGGGCAUGUCGUUCCUCACGCACGACACCUGCGGCGACAUACUGCGGCACCCGGCCAUCGCCAGGUGGACGACGCUGCCGCAGCCCCGGAACGCGCCCCCCGGCAAGCGGGUGCCCCUGCGGUCCUGGGCCGAGCUGCUCGCCGGCGGGGUGGCGGGCCUGGUGUCGCAGACGGCGUCGUACCCGCUCGAGGUCAUCAGGCGGCGCAUGCAGGUCGGGGGCGCCGUGGGCGACGGCCACCGGCUGCGGAUCGGGGAGACGGCGCGGCUCAUCCUGCAGGAGAGGGGCCCGCGGGGCUUCUUUGUCGGCCUGACGAUCGGGUAUGCCAAGAUUAUACCCAUGUCGGCGGCGAGCUUCUAUACCUACGAGCGUUUGAAGACCUUGUUUGGCAUCUAG